AUGACCACCAAAGAGACUACAUCUACCAUUCCGAGCAAAUGUGCUACCUCGGCCCUCCAAAUGGGCCCCCGCAAAAACUCUACAUCUGACCCUCUUAUAUCGCACGGGCGUCAUUUUAGUCGAACAGUAUUUGCGCUAUGCAAUUAUCUGUCUCUACUCACCAAUGGUAUCCUCAGAUUGGAGCAAAUGGAGGAUACUCCUUUGGAGGAAUUCUCUGCUGAGUCCAAGGAGGGAAUCAUUCAUGUUGGAGAAUUGAUUGGUAAGGGAGCUGCAGGCGCGAGAGGCGACAAUACAAAAACGUUAAAGUCUGCAGUGCUCGAUUGGAUUUCUCCGAAGGGGGCAGCAAUCCAGCCCCCUUUACACAGGAACUUGAAGAUUGAUCAAGGAUUCAAUCAUGAACUUACUGGAUCACUCCUUUGUCCUGCUGGGUUGGACUGGAAGGAUGCAGAGAUGAGAGAGAACCUCCAAAGUGGCGAAAUGCUGGUCCAUGGAGAUCAGUGGCCCAUUUUUUUGUACACCUACCAUACAUUUGAUGCUGAAGAUCCAUGGUCCAGUCUUCUUAGGAGUCGCUUGUUGCAUGUCUUUACAUCUCCAAGUUCAGUCAACAAAGAACCGAAAGCCACGCGGUCCAGAAAUGCUCGCCUUCAUGGCAUGAAUUCCGUCACCAUCGUGUCCAUAGCUUACAUCGCAACUCAGGUUUGUCGACACAUCUCCUCCUUGAUAUUCUCAUGGACCAAUACAACAACAGACUCAGAAACAUUCUACCAUAGCCUCCUUGACCUCUUCAAAGAUCCUGACGAGUCUAAGGAAGUUGAUGAUCUGCUCACUUGGUGGAAUUGCCAAGUGUUUCCUAAUUCCUCUGCUGCCAAGCGACCUAUCAGCGCCAACAGCACUUUAUCAAAAAUUCGACUCAAACGCCUUGCGACCAAGCAAGCCACAGAUUUGAACGUGAUAUCUUCAUAG